AUGGUUGCUACCAGUAGUCAGUCUACAUCAACAGUUGUUUCCACAUUAGUGGCAAACAUAGUGCUAUUUUCGAUAUUUGUCUCGGGUUUCCUACUUUUACGUUUAAAGUUUAAACGUAUUUACAGUCCCAAAUCAUCAGCGUUUAAUCUUGUUCCCGAGGACCAAAAACCAGAACCAUUACCACGAGAUCCAAUCCGAUGGAUCUUUGUUCUAUUGAAUAAACCGGAUUCAUUCAUAUUGCAGCAAUCUGGUUUGGAUGGAUACUUUUUCUUGAGGUAUAUCAGAACUUUUGCUCUUUUGUUUUUGUUUGGAAUACUUAGUUGGAUCAUUUUGUUACCUGUGAAUGCUACAAAUGGGAACGGAAACAAGGGGUUUGACCAGCUCUCUAUUGCCAACGUUAAGAAUCAACGCAGAUACUAUGCUCAUGUGUUUAUCGGCUGGAUAUGGUAUGGAAUGGUGAUGUUUGUUAUUCAUCGAGAAUUGUUUUUUUUCAAUUCUUUGAAAAAUGCUGUUUUGUCAUCACCGAAAUAUGCCAUGAAAUUAUCUUCGAGAACCGUUUUAUUCCAAAGUGUUCCCGAUGUGUUAUUGGACGAGAAGCAAAUUUUCAAGAUUUUCAACGGAGUUAAACGCAUUUAUGUUGCUAGAACUUCGAGAGAGUUGGAGGAAAAAGUGAACCAAAGAGCAAAGUUAGUUAAUAAACUAGAAGUUGCCGAGAACAAGUUGUUGAAAAUGGCAGUUAAAGCUCAAAUGAAGGCAGAAAAGAAAAGAAUUACUUUAGAGCCACCUGAUGAACUAAGCACUUAUGUGCCACAAAAGAAACGUCCUAGGUGUAAAACAGAUGGGUUCUUUUCUCGUAAAGAAGACACGGUAAAAUUUUGUCAAGAACAAAUCCCCAUCUUGGAUAAACAAGUCAAACAAGCUCAAAAGAAAUUUAGACACUAUGUACCAUUAAACUCGAUUUUUGUUGAGUUUGAGAAUCAAUAUUAUGCGCAAUUAGCCUACCAGUCCACGGUGAGCCAUAAUCCAAUGAGAAUGUCUCCUGCAUAUGUCGGGUUUGAGCCCGCUGAUAUUCAAUGGAUGAAUUUGCGUAUAUUCUGGUGGGAAAGGAUUAUUAGGCAGGCAUUGGCGUUUCUGGCGAUUGUAGCCUUGGUUAUAUUCUGGGCUAUCCCCGUCGCUUUUGUUGGUGUUAUUUCCAAUUUCACUUAUUUGACCAAUAAACUACACUGGCUUAGAUGGAUUGAACGAUUACCUAAAGAGCUUUUUGGUAUAGUAACUGGUAUUUUACCAACAGCUUUAUUAUCAAUAUUGAUGAUUUUGCUACCCAUGUUCAUUCGUGGAUUUGCCAAAAUCGCCGGUUGUGUAUCAGCACAGUCAAUUGAGCUUUAUACUCAACAUGCGUAUUUUGGAUUUUUGAUGGUAAACGGUUUCUUAGUGACUGCGUUGGCAUCAUCGGCCACUGCAACUGUGACAAAGGUAGUUGAAAACCCUAGUUCAGCAAUGAGUAUCCUAGCAGAUAAACUUCCCUUAUCUUCCAAUUUUUACAUUUCCUAUUUGAUUUUGCAAGGAAUGACCAUUGCUAGUGGAUCCCUUUUCCAGAUUGUAGGAUUGUUUUUGUAUUACAUUUUAAGCUAUAUAUUGGAUAAAACAGUGAGACAAAAGUGGACGAGAUAUAGUAGCUUGGGCACACUUGCCUGGGGGACCGUUUUCCCACUUUUCACCCAAUUGGCAUGUAUUACAUUGAUCUAUUCAGUGAUAUCGCCAUUAAUUAUCAUAUUUGGUUGCCUUGGAUUCUUUUUGGUUUACGUUGCAUACAUGUAUAAUAUCACCUAUUGUCUUGCACAGGGACCCGACUCAAGAGGUCAACAUUAUCCAAGAGCAUUAUUUCAUACCUUUGCUGGUAUCUACUUGGGUCAGUUAUGCAUGCUUGGUAUAUUUGCAGUGGGCAAAGGAUGGGGUCCUAUUAUUCUUCAAGUUAUUGCUGUUGUAGCUACCAUUUUCAUAAAUAUAAACCUUUAUCAAGGAUUUGGCCAUUUGCUCACGGUUAUUCCAAUGGACUGUAUGAGAUCAUCAGAUGGAGUUUCAAAUACUGCGUCCUAUCAAGGAAAAUCGGAAUAUGAGGAAAAGGUGUUAGAGAAGUUGCGAAAGCAUAAGAAAUACGACGAAAAGAUGGAACUAGAACGUGAAGGUGAAGGUGAAGGUGAAGGUGCACAAAAACAGGAGAGAGGAAUAACCAAGAAAAAUGAACAGAAUGGGUUCAAGACAAGUGCAGAUGAUUCGCAAAUUUCAGUUGUACCGCUCCUUGCUGAUCGUGAUUGGAAAACAACAAAAUCGCAAAAUGCUAUAGUGAGAUUUCUUAGACCAGAUGUGUUUUUAAGCUAUUCUCAUUCAAAAAGAUUACUACCCGAGACAUUUAAUAUCGAACCAGAACAAGAGGAUGACAAACAUGCCUACAAUGCACCUGCUAUUUCAGCAAAGUGUCCAGGAGUAUGGAUCCCGAGGGAUCCAAUGAAUUUGGCGGAAACUGAAAUCAAGAACCUAUCCUCAAUUGUCGAUAUCAGUUUUGAAAAUGCCUCGUUCAAUGAAAAGGGUAAAAUUAUCUUUCUCGGAAAACCACCAAAUUAA